AUGACCAUUAAUGAAGCUAACAGGGCAGAACUUGCUCUGGGUGAGCCGGUUGGCCCAGACUAUUCAUCAGCAUGGUUACCUGGUAAUGAAUCACUGUGUCAGGCCACAACUGUUCCAUCUAACCAUCGAAACAACCAUAUCAGGAGACAUAGUAUAGCUUCUGACAGUGGAGACACUGGCAUUGGAACUUCCUGUUCUGACAGUGUUGAAGAUCAUUCAACUUCAAGUGGCACAUUAUCUUUUAAGCCUAGCCGGUCAUUGGUUACUCUUCCUACUGCACAUGUGAUGCCGUCUAACUCUAGUGCUUCAAUUUCCAAACAUAGGGAAUCAUUGACACCCGAUGGCUCAAAGUGGAGUACAGGCCUCAUGCGAACAUUGGGACACCAUGGUAGGGGGGAGCAGGAUUCUUCACUAGAUAUGAAGGAUGUCCGGCCCCUUCGGAAAUGGUCAUCUUUAUCCAAACUCACUACCCCAGAUAACUGCGUCCAAGAUGGUACUGUACACCCUGAAGAGUCCAGGAAUGAUCUGGAAAAGACAGGAAGGGGCAAGGCUUUAACAUCACAGCUGAGGACAAUUGGGCCCACCUGCUUACAUGAUAGUAUGGAAAUGCUUAAGCUAGAAGACAAAGAAAUAAAUAAAAAACGAUCAUCAACUCUGGACUGCAAGUAUAAAUUUGAGAGCUGUAGCAAAGAGGAUUUUAGAGCCUCUUCCUCUGCUCUCAGGAGACAGACCUUAGACAUGACAUACAGUGCCUUACCCGAGAGCAAGUCCAUUAUGACAGGCUCAGAGGCUUUUGAACCUCCAAAGUAUUUAAUGCUUGGUCAGCAGGCAGUAGGUGGAAUUCCCAUUCAGCCUUCUGUGAGGACUCAGAUGUGGCUUACAGAGCAGCUGCGGACAAACCCUUUGGAAGGUAGAACUACAGAGGACUCUUACAGCUUAGCUCCUUGGCAGCAGCAACAAAUGGAAGAGUUUCGGCAAGGAAGUGAAACACCAAUGCAGGUUUUGACUGGAUCAUCUCGUCAGGGUUACUCACCUUCUGGCUAUCAGGAUUUCAGUAAGUGGGAAUCAGUGCUGAAGAUAAAAGAAGGACUUCUACGGCAGAAGGAAAUUGUAAUUGAUCGACAGAAGCAGCAAAUUACCCACCUACAUGAGAGGAUAAGGGACAAUGAAUUACGGGCUCAACAUGCCAUGUUAGGACAUUAUGUUAAUUGUGAGGAUUCUUAUGUGGCUAGUUUACAGCAACAAUAUGAGAACACUUCUCUCCAGACUCCAUUCUCAGAGCAGUCAGUGUCUCAUUCCCAACAAGAGGAACUGGAACAAAAGCUUGCAUCUACUGAGAAAGAGGUUUUACAGCUCAAUGAGUGUCUCAGACAAAAAUUAAGUCAAUUUAGUGAGGAGAAGAAGAAACUAGAGGAAAAGCUUAAAACCAGAGAUAGAUACAUCAGUAGCCUAAAAAAGAAAUGCCAGAAGGAAUCUGAACAGAACAAGGAAAAGCAGAGAAGAAUUGAGACAUUGGAAAAGUAUCUGGCUGAUCUUCCCACACUAGAUGAUGUACAGUGUCAGAGCCUACAGCUGCAGGUUCUAGAAGAAAAAAAUAAAAAUUUUCAAGAGACUUUGACAGAUACAGAAAAAAAGCUUGAAGAGAUUAAAAAGCAGUGUCAAGAUAAAGAGGCACAGUUAAUAUGCCAGAAAAAGAAAGAAAAAGAGUUAGUAACUACUGUUCAGAGUUUGCAACAAAAAGUAGAAAGAUGCCUUGAAGAUGGAAUCCGCCUUCCCAUGUUAGAUGCAAAACAGCUUCAGAAUGAAAAUGAUAAUCUCAGGGAACAAAAUGAGACUGCUCGCAAGAUAAUAGACAGCCAACAAAAAGAGAUGGACAGAAUGAUUUUAGAAAUUCAGUCUGUGCAAGGGAAACUUUCUAAAGAGAAAUUGACCACUCAAAAAAUGAUGGAAGAACUAGAAAAGAAAGAAAGAAACCUACAGAGAUUAACAAAAGCAUUGCUUGAAAACCAAAGACAAACAGAGGAAGCAUGCUCGCUAUUGGAUCAUGGCCAGGAAGCUGACCAAUCUAGGCAGCAGACAGUUCUUUCCAAACGGCCACUGCUUGAUUUAACUGUGAUUGAUCAGCUGUUCAAGGAAAUGUCUUAUUGUUUGUUUGACUUGAAAGCGUUGUGUAGUAUUCUUAAUCAGCGUGCUCAGGGCAAGGAGCCUAACCUGUCACUGUUACUGGGAAUCAGAUCCAUGAACUGUUCAGCUGAAGAGACCGAGAAUGACCACAGCCCAGAAACACUCACUAAAAAACUGUCAGAUGUGUGCCAGUUGCGAAGGGACAUUGAUGAAUUAAGGACUACAAUAUCAGACCGCUAUGCUCAGGACAUGGGAGACAACUGCGUUACCCAGUAAUCAAGUGCUGGUCCCACAGCAAUAAUGACCCAUUGUUCAAUUCUGCUGUGUUACUCUUCUUCGUAUUUCUUUUUAGGAGCCAAAUGGAAAGUUGCUAGUGACAUAGGACUUUCACAUAGGUGUCCUGCCCAACUCCCUACCCCCUACUUUGUGGGUUUGUUUUAUUGAGGGGGAAAGAGGUUGUGAGCUGGUUUGAAGGGGCUUAGCUAAUCAGGCAAAAAAUCUAAGUAUCAUUUGAAAAUUGUGAUGAAGUCUAUGAGGAAAAAAAAAAGUAUUCUCAAACUACUGAUUGUAGGACCAAGCUGUGACAAGUGCCCUUCAGACAAAGGGAUAGGAUUUCUUGUAAUCUUACAGUUUUGUUUGUGCAUGCAUGUUUGUGUGUUAUGUGUGUGUGCUUUACUCAGAAACCCAUAAGGAUUGCUAGGGUCAAAGUGAAGCUCCUACGAAAGGCACGCACUGUGUAUUCUUACAUUUCUUUCAUGUAGAAGCCCAUGUUGUAGUUUGGGACUCUCAAGGGCUGAACAAGAGUUUCGGCAGCAGGCACAUGUUCUAGUAGUUCUAAUUCAGCAGGGAAAUAUUUGUAUUUUGAACAAUAACUGCUGAGAUGAUGAGGUCGUGGAAUUGAAUUUAGUACUGUAGGUAGGUCAGAUGUUUUCCCAGAGUGAUUGUGGAUUGCCUUAGGGGUGUAAAAUUUUGAUAUGACUAUUUUUUCAUUAAUAUUAUGGUUCAUACAUCACAAAAAGUUUGAUCCAAUUGGAACUAAUUUUAACAUGUCCCUUACUACUUACAAUUUUUAAUUUAUAUGUUACUCAUACAUCAGUAUAAACAAAGCCAUAUGUCAUUCAUAUAGACCUUCUAAGGCUUCAUAUUAUUAUUGUAAAAGAGAGAUUAGAAAGUAGCCCUGGAAUAAUAGCUUAUUUAUUCAAAUCUCAAUGUUUACAUUUUAACAGUUUUAUAGCUAUUUUAAAGUUGAGAUCACUUUAAGAGAAAGCCAACUGACCUAUUCUUUAUAUAUCUGAGUUAACACUAGCAUAAAACAAAAUCUAAAUCCAGAUGAUAUUUUAAUUCCCAUUAUCAGAUAAAGUAUAUUAAAAAGGUUUUUCAUAAAAUACAAAUUUGGUCAAAUUAGUUCUUCUGGAGUACAGGGUAUUACUCUGAAAUGCAACUGCUUUUUAAGUAGGCAAAUAAUUAUUUAAAUGUUUAAAUGAGUAUUAUCCAUGUUUUAGUUGACAUUUUGUAAGGACUGUAUAUUUUAUUGCCCUUGGAGCAUUCAUUACAUCCUCUUGAAUAUUCUUAGUUACAGCAAAGCACGUCCUUUGUAAGACUUGAUAUCUUGAAGCAACCAAUGUUCAUCAAUUGCAGACUAAGAGAUGGAGAGUUAAAAGGUGUGAAAUGGGCAGGAUAAAUGUUUUGGUAAAGAGCAGAUUGGAGGCCUGUUUUCCUGCCCCGUUUAUAUACUGGUACAAAGGCUACUCCUAGAAAAGGUAUUUCUUAAAUAUUUUCGCUAGUAAAAACAUACAUGAGACAAGGCUUUUGAGGAGACUACUCAGGAAAACACUCAGUUCAGAAUGUUGGCUUACGGAAAGCUCAAGUUAUUUUAGAGUUAUAAUUCAACCGUUGGUUAUAAUAUAUUAUGAAAAUAUCAAACUUCUCUUAUUUUGGUGCCUGAAUUCUCCCUACUUUUCUUAUUUCUUAAGAUCUGGGCACAAAGAAAUCAGUGCAUUGUCGUGAUUGUGCAACCAGGGUCGCUAACCUAUAGAGAGAUGUAGCCACUGCAAGAACUUGGUUCUGUAAUAGGUUCGUUUUUCAACGUUAGUGGUUUAAAGACAAUCAGGGAGUAGUAAAUAUGUACCAAAAAUAUGAUGCUAAGAAUUCUGCCUUUGUAAAACUUAAAAUACAUGCAAAUGGCCUUUUACAUUGUAGUAAAGAAUAACAGCUAAAAUAGAUCAGCCACAAGUGCAGCAAACAUUUUUACCUUCUCUUUGAAGAGAAUCCUCACCCCACUGUGAUUUCAGAAAUAAAGGCAUCCCUAAAACAAUAGAAUUAAUGGGCAGUCACUGGCUUGGGUCAGUAGGUUCUUAUUUAAAUAUCUUCUAGGUUUCUAGUGUAUGUUGUAGAGUUUCAUGAUCAUUGUCAUUGUUGCUUUUUUUUUUUUUUUUUAAACUUAUGGCCAUUUGUCUUAGUCUACUGUAAAUACAUUUUUAUUUUCUGGCUUAGUUGAGAUAAAAUAUUUUUAAAAAUUUUUAGAAAGUUUUUAUAAACUUUAACUUAAUUCUCAUAUCUGGAAGUAAAAACUCUUUUAUCUUGGUAGGAAAUAAACUAUGCAUUUCAGUUUCUAAAAUGUAUACUCCUCAUGAAAGGGAGGCUUAAAAUGUGAUAAUUUAAGUAUAAUCUUGAAUUGUAAAAGUUAAUUUUUUAGAAUCUGAAGUUUGUAGAGGGGCCUUGAUAAUAAGUAGAGAGCUUUGGAGGGAAUUUGUGGGUGGGGUGAAUGAAACUAGUGUUCUAAUUUGUCAGUAUUUACCAGAAAAUCCCCCCCCCCUUGUGUUAAACAGUAGUAGUAUUGGUGUCAUAUUGAAAAACAAAAUUUUACUGUUAGGUCAAGUAAGAUGGACACUACAUUGUAGUGUCUUCCCCAGUUUCAAUUAGGGUAUUCAUGGAAGUUCUUACAGUACUGUGUGCCUGAAAUGAAAAUUAGCCUAAAUUUUAAGUAAAUAUAUUUGAAAAUUCACUUAGAUAAUGAAGCCUCUUUUUAAUUAUGCUUUUGUGAAUUAGAUACUUAUCCUCUUAGGUAGUCUCUCAUGCAGUAUUGACAUUUCUUCGUCUUUUGGGUUUUGACGUUGAGCUUAUUGUGCCUCGUCACAUUACGGCGGGGAUAAAGUAACAGUUGUCUCAAUGAAAGAGUCAAGUUACCUGUGCAGAUAAAAUUAACUGAAUCAAAGACACAAUAGCUGUCUUUGUUUGAUGUGAGAAAAAUAAGAUGCCUUUAGUUAAACUUAAUAAAUCUUAAAAAGUUAUAAGUAUUGACUAGGUAAGGUUGCCUGAAUUUGUUUUAAAGUACAUGUGGCCCCAGUUAGUAUUUGAAAUAGGAUUCAGUAUUUAUUGUUGACAGUAUUAUAUUUUAGUGAAAUUUAUUUUGAUUGUGACAGUUUAUUAAACUAAAUUAGACUUCUUUGAAUAGCCUACUAGAGACAACCUGAAGGGCUGGACAAUUUUGUUAAAAUGAAUAUUGUACAUUUCUGACUUACUAAUCAGCUUAUAAAUUAAUUCGGUCAUAAUGUAAGACUUGUUAGUAGGGAUCUCUUAGAGGAUUUUUUAAAGGAACUACUUUAUUGAGAAAAUGUUCUUUAAAUGCCAAUAAUCGGUCAUUAAGUAAUGCAGUAGUUGAAAACCUGUCCUACAUCAUUACAUACCAUGGUUCAGCCCAGGCACACCUUCCUUUGGGUUACUGGCAUUCUCUUACGUAGAUUUCGAUCGCUGUAGAUAUGUAAUUAUGGUAAUAAGUAAUUCUCAUAACCGUGCUCACUCAAACUGUAUCAUUUGAAACUGCUGGUAGCUGUAACUUUCUGAACCAAAGUUAAUUUGUUUUAUUUGCAUUUUUGAUAGUUCUUUUCAAUGUUCACAAAACAAGAAACUAUUUCAUAUUUGUUAUAAAAAGUAAAAUAUCCAACUUUGCCCCCAAAUCUCAUGGUGGUUAUAUUGCCCUGUGAUUAUAUCAUAUACUUAAUCAUGAAGGGAAAAUGUUUUUUUUAUUUAAUGGAAAUAUUGAAUAUAAUAAGAAUGUAGUUUCAAAUCAAUAUGUCAUUAACACUAUUUGCAGCUCCAAACAGAACCUUCUGUGCCUUUUGCCUGCAGUAAGCAUUCAUUUCUGUUUUACAUGAGCUAUGAGAAUGUUGAUGAUUAUUGCACCUUGUUCUUCUAUAAAUAGAUUUGAUUAAGGACUUUUUAAAAGCAAGCAACAGUUUUUCAUUACUAGGUGGAUACCUUACCUUAGUAAACAUGAAUACCAGAUACGUGUUUGUGGAGCCCAACCUUUUCUGGAGAGUAAGCAGGAAACCCCUUUAGAAUGUAUUCAUUCGUGUGUAUAUAUGUGUAUAUAUGUGUGUAAAUAGUUAUUUAAAUAUGUAAACAUAAGAUUCAGCAUCACAUUGGUGUGAUGACAGGAAGCUGUAAGGUGCUAGGUGGUUAUGUGAAAAGCACAGCAGAGUGUAUGAUCAGUCACUGUGACUGGUGGUUUUUGGUUCAGUUUUUGAACCACCCAGAA